AUGGUUGCAAGAGAUCCGAGCCCAGAUCCGAGCCCAGAUCCGGCCCAUUUGCUCCAUACGUCGUAUAGCUUCCACAGAGGUUCAGGAAACCGCCAUACUUCGACUUUCGAACUUCUAACACUCCGAAACUUCUCCCAAAUCCUCCAUCUCUUACCCAAACUCCCAUCUCCUCUAUUAUUCACUCAACCCACUCCAUCCAUGGCCGAAACCGGUGAAAGUGGCGGCAAUGGUGGUGCCGGCGAAGGGAGGAUCCAAGCAAGGGGUGAAAUUGAGACCCCGGGGGCACAAAUCGACGAUCAAUCGACAGCGGGGGCUUCGUCGAGUAUCAGUGCAGGCAGUGCAGGCGGCGACGGUGAUCGCGGUGGCCAUGCAGUGGGGGCGGUUGGCGGCGACGAGCGGCGUACGCCAGGGCCAGAGGGGCGUACGCCAGGUGUUAUUAGCACAGGGGGCCCACGGGUUCGUCGCUUGGACCCACGAAGUGGAGUAGAGGGCGUCGUGAUCACGGGGUUAGGCCCGGUUGUGGCCGGCGGUAGUGGCAGUGGUGAUGUUGGUGAUGAUGGUGGAGAUGGUGGUCGACCGGGGACUCCACCGAGGGAUCCGGCAAGGGGCAAGGCUCCUGCAGUUGAGGAGGGUGCAUCCGGAGAGGUACCCGUGGAGGAAGUGGAGUUCCGGCCAGCGGUGGGCUCCUCGGUUCACGUCCCCAUCACUCGGGGGGACUUUGCAGAGUUCGUGUCCGAGGAGGAACUCGGCCGGUUGCUCCGGGAGAACCCGGGGGUGGUUGCUGCAGUAUUGGCUGCACGGGAGGACCGGGCCCGGCAGGUUGAGCGGGCGCAGGAGGAGGAGCGCCUGAGAGAGGAGGCCGAGAGGGCCAGGGCCGAUGAGGAGGCCUUUGAGAGCGAGGCCGGGGCAGCAGAGGAGGCGCAGGGUGAGGUGUGGUCUUUUGAGCGGGCGGUGACGCUUGCGGAGUCCAUACGGCUUGCACCCCGUGGCCAGUUUGACGCGGCCACGUAUGCCCCGCCCGAGUCACACCUGUUUAUACCCUCCGGGGUUGAGAGCCUCGCGCCUUUGAGGGAGAGCUAUGACGCCGAGCUGAUACUGAGGGACCCUCAGAGGCACCUGUCAGUGGACUGGGCACAGAGGGGAGCAGCCAGCACCCGUGGCCAUGGUGGUCCGGCGAGUUCGCUCGAGCUGUACAGGAGUUUGCCCGAGCAAGUCAGGGCUUUGGUUGACGCGGCAGGAUUCCGGCCCUUUAUCCUUACGCUAACGCCCGUGAGAAGCGACCACGCUCUGUUGACGGCACUGGCCGAAAGGUGGUGGGAUUCUUCGAGCACCUUCCACCUGCCGAUUGGAGAGAUGACGGUGACUCCGUCAGACUUCGCAGCGCUCACCGGCCUGAGGGUAGGAGGGGAGCCCAUUCCGUUCGACUCGGAGAUGUACAGGGACUCUGAGGCUCUGGCGUGGUUUUUGGGGCGGGCGCCGGCAGGCGAGGCGGAGACUGUCCACUAUGACCAGUUCAAGCGGUAUCUGCACGGGAGGGAGCCUGAGUCGGACUUGGAGGCGGAGCAGAUGGCGAGGGCCUACUUGUUGUACUUGUUCGGGGCUACGUUGUACCCGAACAAGCGGUCCACGGUGCACUUGUCCUACUUGCCAGCCCUUUACGACUUGAGCACAGCCUCGAGCUUUGACUGGGGAGGAGCAGCGCUGGGUACCUGCUAUGGUUUCAUGGGGGCUUUCUCGCGCGGGAAGAAGGCGGCUGCCGGUUACUGGAGGGUGUGGGAGCUAUGGGCCUACGAGGUGUUGAAGAUGUACCCUCCGGAGAACAAGUGCCCGAACCUGAGGAUGCUUCCCCGUGCCAUGAUCUGGGGGCCUAUGUAUAGCGGGAAGAAGAAGUCAAGAGGGAGCCUCCUAGCUUUCCGGACCUACCUCGACGAGCUGUCUGGCACUCAGGUGGAUUGGAACCCCUGGAGCGGCGCUGAGCCUGAGCCGGAGUACCUGGCAGAGAGCAGGGUGGUGACUGCGAGCCGGGUGCUGUUGGAGUCGGCCUUCGGGUGGCGGUGGUACCUGGGUGACCGGGUGACACGGCAGUCACUAGGUGCCCUUGACUUUCAGGUGCCCGGGCCACUGCCUCGCCACGCCUCCCAUACGGACAGGUACACCCUGGCUGAGCUGAGGCGCUUCACCGUUCCGACCGGGCUGGCUGCUUUUCUGAGGCCCGAGCGUGACUAUGCUGUCUAUCGGAGGCAGCACUUGGCGAGGCCGCUCGGCGUGCUGGAGCAUGUCGCCGUGCAGAGCGAGGCGCUUGAGGCUGGCGAGGAGAGGCGGAGCCGGGAGAGCAGGGCAGCUCAGCCGCGAGAGAGGAGUGACUACGCCACAGCGACCGGGCUGCCUCGGCUUUCUUGGACCCUAGCAGUGCGGGAUGCCCAAGGAGAGGAGGCCAUUGUUCAGUUCGAGCCUGCCAGGACAGAUCCGGCAGAGACAGUAGGACCGGCCCCGAUGGAAUGGGUGCGGGAGGCAGCUCGGUUGAUAAAGGCCAUGGAGAAAGAGUUCCAUAAGAUAGCUGGCGGUGCCUCUUUGCAGCUGCAGUACCCACCUCCAGCUCCGGCUCCUGCCGUGCAGCCUCAGGAACAUGCUAGGGCGGCUCCUAGGAGGAAGAGCGUGCGGCCUCCUCCAACAAAGAAGGCAGCUUCAAGCUCCUCGCAGCCGGCAGCCAGGGUGGAGCGGGUAGCACAGACCACUCCGGCCAGCGAGGGGCUCCAGUUCCGUCGAGAGCUGAGGAAGAGGCCUGCCGAGAAGAAGCCUGCCGAGGGGCCCACGCAGAAGAAGAGGAGAGAAGAGGAGGAAGAAGCAGAGGAAGAAGAAGAGGAAGAAGAAGAAGAGGAGAGUACGUCCCUCAGCAGCGGCUCCGACUCGGCGAGCGACCCUAGGUUCCGUAUCGACCCUCGAGAGGUGGAGGACAGCGAGGAGGACGGCGACGAGGAGGACCUUUUUGACGACUGAGGGCUAUCACCGAGCCUUAGUCUACUUUGCUAGUAUUUGAUACUUUUGAUACUUUGGUA